GUAUUUAUGAAAGAAAAAAAUGCUUAAAUGCGGUCACUGAUUAUACAUGAAGAUGUCAGUGAAUUGUAGUCCGGCAGAAAAUAAAGAGCGCCCAUAGAACCGUCCGAUCAUCCUCCGGUAACCAUAUUUGAAACUUUCGUGUAAGCAAUGAAAUCAAAGGGUAUGGUCUCUUUUGGCUAUGUAGAAAAAUACCGUCACGAUCGUUUUUCUUUUCUUUCUAUGCCGCCUGCUCCUCAAACAAUUAUAUCAAGCUCAAUCAAUCCUGCCAACCUACUUGAACUUCAAGUCCUAACAAAUAUCACGUCUCAGCUACAAAGUCAAGGAGAUAUUCAAAAUUCUAUACCCUACUUGGCCAAGAUUGUACAGAUUGUAGAGAGUCAGCGAUUAGGCGAGAAACCAACUGAGCCCGAAAAAAGACAAGGCUACUAUAAGCAAUUUAAUGAACUUCGAAAAAUUAAGGCAGAAGCUUAUGCUCAUUUAGCAGACGCUUAUUUCAAAACUCAACAAUUUGUUCAAUGUGAGAGCUCUCUUUUGAUUUCUGUCAAAAUUUGGGAGAAGCUUGUGCAACAUGAACCAGAAGAAGCAGAACAUAGUAAUAAGCAACUCCAAAUUGCAUAUAAACAACUUUAUGCCUGUUAUAAAGCGAUGGGAAAAACUCAAUUAGCAGAGCAUAUACAAACUAAACUUUCAAGGUUAUUUGACACAAAAAAUAAACUGCAUAAAAACAUCUAAUCAGAUGAUUUUUUUUGGGAGAAGUGAAAA